AUGGCGGACAUCGAGGAUCUCAAGUUGGAAUGUCGCGAGAUUCCAUCCGGCAGCGAUCGUGGCUCUUCGAGCGAUUCCUAUGACAGUGAUGACUCAUCCUCCUCGUCCUCCUCUGGAAGACGCCCGGGCAACAAGCGUCGCAUGCGCUCCCGAGAGAGGCAGAGAAAGCGAGCGCCUCCGCGCAAGACCUGCCGACAUCGGAGCGGGUCGUCUUCUUUGGAGCGCCCACCGGGCACAUGGAGGCUGAGGUCUAGAGCUCGUUCCGAGGACUUCAGACGCUCCAAGAGCCGCGAUCAUUCAUUUGACCGUCGUGACCGUCGCUCUCCGGACUGCCGCGGCCGCGACCGUCGCUCUCCAGACCGGUGCGACCGUCGCCGGGAGCGCUUCGACCGCUACGACCGGCGCAUUCCGGAGGAUCGGCGGAGGUUCGACGACCGCCGCAGCCUGCCUCGCCGCCCGCGGAGCGACUCGCCGCGGCGCUUCCGCCAGCGUCAAGCGCGGGAUGUGCCGCCCCCGAGCGACAAGCCUCGACGCUUCGGUAUGAAAGUCAUGGAGGAAGAUCGCCAGGUGGCCGGGCGGAACCCUCCGCUGAUCAUCUCUUGUUCUCGACGAACUGAUGUACCUUGGGGCUUCUUGCGACAAUACCUCAAUGGCUUUGAAGAUGGCUUCAUGUACAUUGCUUCUGGUCCUCGGAAGAACCCGAUUGUGCGGGCGGUGUGCGUGCAGCCAUACAAUCCUCAGACUGGCAAGGGGGUGAUGUGUAUCAGUUGGUGGUCCAAGAAUUACAAGAAGUGGAUUGCUGCGUGGCAAAAGCCCGACAGUGUCUUGCAUCGCUACCCGGUGCAUCUCUUCAAUUACACGAUCAACUCAGAGAAUUUGGCACUGGAGCCUGGUGUGGAUACCAGCUUGACAGAACGCUUGGGGCAGCUGACCUUCCUCGUCCAGACCUUCGGAGCUCAUGCCGUGUCACCGCGCUUCGAUCCCAUCGUCCACUACCGGAACAUCGUGGGGGGGCCGAUCAUGGACAACACCAAGGACUUUGAGGUGGUGGUGCGGCAUAUUGGAAGCUUGGGCGUCGAUCACGUGGUCUUCAGCUUUUGCCAGGCCUAUCCCAAAUCCGUCCGAAACAUGCGAGCUCAAGGCUUAGAGUUGGUGCAGUUGUCCCGUGCCGAGCAGUGCGCGGUCUUGGACAAAUUGAUGCCCGUGGCUCACCGCUAUGGUGUUCAGAUGCGCUGUUGUGGAGACAAGGGCCUCGUGGGGUAUCCAAUUACUCAGAGCGAAACGGAAGGCGCCCUGGCAGCUGCACAACGCGAAGAGCAGAGGAUGCACAGUGCCAACUGUCCGGUGAUUGGUCAAUCAAGGUGUGUGGAUGCCCGCCUCGCAGACCGCAUUGCACGAGAAAAAGGGCUCAAUGUGUUCAUGUCGUUGGCCAAGGAUCUCAGACAGAGGAAGGAUUGUGAAUGCACUCGAUCCACCGAUAUCGGUCAGUACACGCUCCAAUGCCCCCAUGGCUGCGUUUAUUGUUAUGCCAAUCCACUGACCCGGAGAAAGGGCCAGGCUGAGCCGUCACAGGUGACGAACCAGGCUCCUGUGGUCUCUCACCAGCAGCUGCCACCACAGAUGCCGCCUCACCUGCCACCUCAUAUGCCUCAACCUCACAUGCCACAUGCUGGGUACAUGGCACCAAACUAUAUGCCAGGAUUGCCGGGAAUGAAUGGAGUGAUGGCAGGAAUGCCAAUGCCAAUGAUGCAAAUGCAGCAGCAUGCGGCACCAACAGAUCCCUUAGCCGGAGGAUUGCCACCACAUGCAGCGGUCCCACCCCCUCCACCAUUGCCUCAACCCGGAGCCAAUGCCUCCGAUCUUUUGAUGCAUGCCCAAAAGCUCAACUGGCCUGCCGGACUGAUGACAUAUGCAUCAGUGGAACAGGGAGAGGUGCUUGCAAAGAUGGGACUGUGCCAGUCCAGACAGUGA